AUGGAGUGCAGUCUGUGUGGCGAUGUGGGCUUUCAAGUCUACUUAUUCCAAUGCAAAAAAUGUUUAAUGCGUUUUCAGCAUCAAUAUUGUAGCAGAGCAUACUAUGAGAAAUUAUCAGUUGAGAGUAUCAGUAAAGUGUGUGACUGGUGCUUCACUAUUCAAGAAGAGUAUGCAGGGAUUAAUGAUUGGCUUAUGAUCAGGGAUUCUGUUAAAAGAAUUAGAAGUUCUGCUGGGUUUGGAGAGUCUACAAACAUGACCCAAAAUAGAGAAGAUAAGAGUAAUUUGAAAAAAUCCUGUGUUGAAAUUGAUGGACAGAUACCCAAAGAGCUGAAGAAGCAGAGGAAUCCUAAAGUUGUAUGCACUACUGAAAGAAAACUUGGGAAGAAAUAUAAGCUUCUUGAUGAAAUUGUUUGUUGA